AUGGUGUUUUCCACUCUCAAGAAAACAUUGUCAGGAAUUGCAGAUAAUUUCGGAGAAUCGUUUGAAAGGUUUAAACAACAUUAUGAUCGUAUGUGGUUUAACAGUUUCUUGUGCCACCAGGAUAUUCCAUUUUCUCAAGAACUUCAGCUCAAACACAUAGACACAUUGCCUUCAUCAGUUAGCCACAAAAUAAUCAAAAAGAAGAAUGUAACCCUUGCUCUUGAUUUAGAUGAAACAUUGGUUCAUUCUUCUCCGUUUGCGCGUGAUGUUGACUUCUCAUUCACAAUUAUCAGCGAUGGAGUGUCCAGUACAAUAUAUGUUAGAAAGAGACCUUUUCUUGAAGAGUUUUUAGAAAAAGUAUCAGAAAUGUUUGAAGUUGUAAUUUUCACCGCUAGUAAUAGCUCAUAUUCUGCAAAAUUGCUUGAUUGUCUUGAUCCUCAUAACAAGAUUUUCUCUCAAAGAUUCUACAGAGAUUCAUGCAAAUGGGAAGAUGGUCACUGCCUCAAGGAUCUCACAGUUCUGGGUACUGAUCUGGCCAAAGUGUUCAUCAUUGACAACAGUCCACGGGUAUUUAGACUUCAUGUGAACAAUGGAAUUCCUAUAAAAAGUUGGUACUGGGACAGAACAGAUCAUGCUCUGAUUGAUUUGCUGCCAUUUCUGGAGAAACUGGUUGAUGUUGAUGAUGUUAGACCCAUUAUUGCAGCACAAUUUGGAGCAAGAAUUCAUUCUGCACGUUCUGCCCCUAUUCAAAUUAGAAGAAUAUAG